AUGUCCGCACUCGGAGCGUUCGCUCCCGCGCCGACCGCGACGCUCGGCGCCAGGUCCCGCGUCUCCCGCCGCGGGGCGCUCGGAACGAACAACGCGAAAACCAUCGGCAUUCGCCAACCCGCCGUCCGCAUCCCAGGGCCGAGGGCGCAGGCGGUCAGCACCGCCGUGGAGCUUCUCCCGCCGGCGAUCGCCAACCCCGACAGCUGCUCGCGCGCGAACGAGUUCACCGUCCGCAAGGGCGCGGUGCCCUACAAGGACGAGGCGGUGGACUGCGACAUCUUCGUCAACGAUGGCGCGAGGGAAGCCAUCCGCGCGAACGGCGCCGAGAGGUUCGUCCACCUCAUCGAGCCGAACAACCCGAAGCUGCUCAAGCUCCUGAAAAUAAUGGAGGACGGCUGGGACCGCAUCGGCGUCCGCGCCAAGAACGCCGGGCACCACUCCCUCUGGCCCGAGGCGUUCGAGGCGGGCAAGGCGCUCCUCGAGGAGGCGUUCCCGGAGGAGUGCGACCCCGCGUACGGCGGCGAGGUGCUCGCUGGGGUGGCGUUCGUCGGCGACGACAUGAAGGACCGAGCCAUCGACUUCAUGCAGCGCAGACCCAAGACGGACUUCACCAUGAGCAAGUACAACCCGCUGGGCAGGCUGCACAGGGACCCGGACGCCAUCGAUUACAAGCAACCGGGCUGGAUGGAGGCGGCGAUGCCCGGGAGCGGCGCCCCGGGCGACGAGGACGGGUACUCGUACAGGUACUACAACGUGUGGCUCGCGCGCACGCCGCUCGACCCGAGCGGUCAGGUGUGGGAGAACCCGCUGUGCCUGUUGCUGCCAAAGGACAAGGGCGAACGGGAGUGGACGUACGAGAUUCGUACGCCGGAGGAUAACGAGGGCGUCACGGAGGAGACGCUGGGGGAAAAAGCCGGACGAAUCGCGAAGAAUCCGCUGAGCGCCGCUCCGAUCAUCAUGAAGGCGUUCUCGUUCAAGAAGCAAAGAAAGGAGGACCAGUUCGAGUUUCAGGAUGAAAACUACAUGAAGCGCGGGUCCCCGGAGCUCGUGCCGGACGACACGCACGUGUGGGUCACGCAUCCCUUCGUGUGCUUCGACUCGUUCGACAUGUGGCACGGAGCCGCGAAGUGGUCGAGCGAUUCCGCCAAAUCGGACGUCAAGGCGGAGCUCUGCAACGGCGCCAAGGACGUGAUGCGCGCCAGGCGGGACGCGAGCAAGGGGCGGGUAUCGAUGGAGCUCAGGUUCAGGGCGAGGUGUAAGCCGGCGGGGGUGAGGGGCGGGAGGGAGGGCGUGCCGUUCUCGCCGCUGUCGUCGGCGUACAGGGGCGGGGCGUUCAAGCCAGACACCGUCCGUCCCUCGAACGGCGCGUACGACCUGGAGAAGGGAACCACCAAGUGAAAUAUAGGGUAUCGUGUUAUUAUUUUUCACGUCUAAAAGUUAUGAUG